CAGUUAAAAAAAACUUUUUUAUGACAAUGGAUUUACCAAAAUCAAUGAUCCUAGGCGAGGAAGUACUAGUACAAAUAACAGUGUUUAAUUACAUGUCUGUUUCCCAACAGGUAUUUCUUCAAGUUGUUCGGUCUGAUGAUCCUAUAAAUGCAAUUCAAGCAGCAACAAUGAUUCGUGCAAAUGAAGGUCAUUCAACUUAUGUUCGAGUUACGCCAAAAGCUCUUGGUACUCUAAAAAUCAACGUUCACGCAAAAGCAGGAUUCUUUGCUACAUCUGCAACAGAUGCGAUUGAAAAAGAAGUUACUGUAUUGCCCAUGGGUGUUCAUAAAACAGUAAAUGAUCAGCAUUUGGUUGAUGUGAGCAGUGGAAUCCGCACGUUUACAAAGACUAUAUUUUUGAAAGAUCCUAAAAACAUGGUACCUGGAACCAAAAAUGCUUGUAUGCAGAUAACAGGUAAUUUUAUGGUACCAAGUAUAUUCGGUCUACAAAAACUGAUACAAAUCCCUCAUGGUUGCGGAGAACAAACGAUGGUUAACUUCGCACCAGAUGUUUAUAUAACGAAGUAUAUGAAUGUUACUAGCCAGUUAACAGAGGAUGUGAAGAACACUGCAAUAUCUGCAAUCAAAUCAGGUUAUCAACACGAGCUAGAAUACAGACAUAGUGACGGGUCAUUUAGCAUCUGGGGUGAAACAUAUAAGACAUACGGAAGAGUGGAUCAGUAUGGCAGCACAUGGCUAACUGCUUAUGUUUUGAAAUGUUUCCAUCAAGCUAAAUCGCUGAUUACAAUUGACAGCAAUGUGUUGACUACGGCCAUGAACUGGCUUCUGUUGCAACAAAAUACAGAUGGCUCUUUUAGAGAGAUGAUACCGGUCUAUUAUGUAGACCACAGGCACACAGGGACUGGUAUAAAGCUGACAGCUUUCACUUUGAUAUCAAUUAUGGAAUGUAGGAAUAUACCCAAUGUUCAGGCAAACGCAGUAUCAUCUGCAAUAGUCAAAGGAAAGAAGUAUUUGGAAUCACGACUGUCUACUGUAUCCGAUGCAUACACACUGUCUAUUGUAUGUUAUGCUUUGGCAUUGUCUAAAAGUUCCUUUGGUCCUUCAUGCUUCACUAAAUUGGACCAUUCCAAACAUGUCGAUGGUGACUAUGUUUACUGGCAAGAAAGAACUACAAUUGUACGGCGUCAGACGAUAACAAGAAGUUCGCAAACUAGAGCUCCUGCACGUGAUAUUGAGACAUCGGCCUAUGCGUUACUAACAUACAUGACCUUAGGACAUCAUGCCGGAGCUUUCCCAAUCGUUAAAUGGCUUGUUGCACAAAGAAACCCAUAUGGAGGGUUUUCGUCAACUCAGGAUACAGUUAUUUCUAUUCAAGCACUAACAGAAUACGCAAUGAAACACUCUUCAAUUGCUUCCAAUUAUGGUGUGCAGUUCAAUACAUUCGGAAUGAACUUCAUGCACUCAUACACGGCUUCCCAACACAACUUUGAUUCUUUGCACACAGUGGAGAUACCUUCUAGUUUGGACAAUGUGAUAGUUCAAGCUAUGGGAGAUGGCAUUGCUGUCGUAGACGUCGUUCAAUCAUUCUAUGUGAGCAGUGUUGGCAACGGGUCUUAUAUUUCGGUUGCUGCAGACAUAGAAAAAGAGUCGUUGAAUUCCAUAACAGUGAGAGCAAACAUACAAUGGAAUGGUCCAACUUCAAGUCAUAUGAUAAUGAUGGAAAUUGAAACCCCAACUGGAUUUGUUGUUGACAGAGACUUUUUUAUAAAACAGGCUCACGUUAGAAAACAUGAAACAAAUGGGAGGAAAGUUGCUCUCUAUCUGGAUGAGAUCACCCAAAACGGUCAGUCCGUGGUGACAGUUAAAAUGGACAGGUCCGACCCGGUCGUGAAGAAUCAAGCUUGUCACAUAAUCGUCUAUGAUUAUUACGAACCCACCUACCAAGCAGUGACACGAUACGAGUCUGGCCUGUUAAAGAGAGCCAAUAUUUGUGAUGUAUGCCCAUUGUGUAACUUUUGUACAGGUUCUUCCGGUUUCUCUCAGAUUGGGAUUGGAAAGUGAAUCAAAGAAAUGACAUAUUCCCGUUCGACUGUCUUCCGUCGCACAAAAAUAAAGAAACUAUGCACUUGAA